UGGUUAGGUGUCGGGAGGUCUCUUGACAGACCAGGAGAGACAGAUGUACCUUUCUCUCACAGAUCAUGAAGAGAUCAUGAAGGAUUACAAAGAAAGGAUUACAAAGAAAUGGAUGUUGGUGAUUAAGACAUACAAUAAGAACGGAAUUCUCAGAAAAUCUGAGUAAAUCUCUCCAAGAAAGAGACCAGGUGAGAGAUGGGCAAAAUCAAAGAGAAGAACAUGGUCUUUCUUGAUUGACUGCACGACUUAUCAUGACCAAUUUCAUCUAUGUGCUGAGCUGAAGAACGUAAACACCUCUGAAUGUUCAGCAUGAAGAUUCGUGAUCAUCUGCCUCAUCUCCAUUGACUUUGAGGACGUAUUGGCCACAUUUGUUGGUCGUAGACAAAGGGAACAUGUUUAACACCUACUGAUCUGUUUCUGCUUUUCACCCAAGACAUUUUUAUAUGGAAACCUAAGGCACUGGCAAUAUCUGGUCCUGUCUGUAUCAGUCCACCAUGUUGGAGCAUUUGUCCCGCAGGAAUCGGUCCUUGCUGUCUCUCUCGCUGACCUCUCUGGCCCUAGCGCUGUCUGUUUUGGCCUUCUGUACCUCAUACUGGUGCGAGGGGACACAUAAAGUGGUCAAACCCCUCUGUCUGUCACCGGUCAAAAUGAAGAACUGCGGGCAGAACAACAGCCAGCCCUACACAGCUGAGGUCCCAACAGCAGACCCCAAGAAAGCAGACUCCAAUGUGACAAUAUCCCCAAAGCAGGAGGAGGAACUGGCCCGUAUGAGAGCCAAUAAUCUAGCAAAUGCAGUUCACUACAUCUGGGAGACGGGUGAAGACAAAUACAUGCAGCGCUACUUUCACACUGGCUUCUGGUUGUCCUGUGAGAAACACAAUGACGGUGCUGGUGAGAAAUGUCGGAGCUUCAUUGAACUGACCCCUGGAGAAACACAAGGAGUUCUGUGGCUCUCAGUGAUAUCAGAAUUUGCAUACAUCAGCCUUCUGGCGAUGGGUUUUCUUCUGAUGUGGGUGGAAUUGCUGCUCUUGUGUCUGAAUAAGGACAUGUAUGCACUCAAGAUCAAUGCUUUUGCUGCCAUCUGUACCGUGCUGUCUGGUCUGAUGGGAAUGGUGGCACAUAUGAUGUAUACAACAGUAUUUCAGAUGACUGUCAGCAUAGGGCCCAAAGACUGGAGACCUCAAACGUGGGACUAUGGCUGGUCAUUUGCCAUGGCAUGGAUCUCCUUCAGCUGUUGCAUGGCAGCAGCUGUAUUCACCUUGAACUCUUACACCAAAACCCUGAUUGAGAUGAAGCACCGUGCUCGGAUCCGUCUGGAGGAGGCCCGUGCUGCCAGCCAUGCGCCGCCCUAUGAUGAGGUCAUCACAACCGGUGGUGAGAGCCUCUACUCCGUCAGCCGCCUCGUUCAGCAAUGCCAGCAGGGUGCGUUUAUCGACACAACAUGGAGCCCCGGGGAGGAUGUGUCUGGAGGGGGUAUGGUGGGGGCAAAGAGUCCUCAUGGACUGGUACUAGUGGGGGGGUGUGGGAGAGAGGGAUGCAAGGACUGUGAGAGAGAAAUGGAUGAGGUGGAGAAUGCAUUAGAGAGGGAAGGGAAUGAUGAAAUGUGUUGAGGAUAACACCUUCAGGACAUCAUUCAUCAUCAACAGUAUCAGUGACCAUGUUUAAAUGCAUAUCAUUUUCUAAUUUAGAUCCAUAUUUUGGUUAGGCCUUCAAAAAAAGAAGUUAACAUGCUCCACAGGUGUUGAAAUAUCCAUGUAUUCAUGUAAUCAGCAUACUAGACGUGAGUCAUUUUGGACUGUAAUUUUAUUAUUAAAAAAUUACAGUUUUAUUAGUCCUACAUGCAAGAGUGGGAACCUUGUGUCAAUUUGAAAUGUAGGUCUUGAUGUUUCUUUUACUGUUUGUACAAUAAUAGUAA